CAAGUCGCAUCGGCCGGAAGCAGCCAAACCUAGCCGUCACGGAUCCGAGUGCGUCCAGCGCCGCCGCUGCGGCUGCCGGGAUGGAGCCGGAGCUCGACAGCACCAAAGCCGCCGCCGGCAACCGCAAGCACCUGGCCAUGCUCGAGCGCCUCUCCAAGCGCACCGCCGCCUCCUCCGCGGGCUCCCCCGAGGCGUCCCCCGUCGCCGCCUUCCUCUCUCGGUUCGCCGCAGCCAAGGCCGCCGCGGAGACCGCCCUCUCCGCCUGCCGCUCCUCCCCCUACGGCGCUGCCGCCUCCCUCGCCGCGGCCUCAUCCGCCGUCGACGACCUCGAGCGCCUCGUCGCGGAGGCCUCCCACUCCCUCCCGCCGUACGAGCUCCGGUCCGCGCUCGCCGCCGUCUCCGACCUCCGCGCCGCCCACAAGCUCGCCGCCUCCGAGAUCCGGCCCAAGAAGUCAUUCUCCUUCAGGAACAAGAGCAAAGCCACCAAGAACCCCCCGCAGGAUCCUCCCGCCCUGCCCCAGCCGCCCCAGGAGCAGCCAAAGCCUAACCCCGAUGCGAUCCUGCCAGGGUUUGGGUUCAGGAGCAGGAAUGGCGCUACCUUGGUGAGGGAUCUGAGAGCUGCCAACGAGAAGGAUGGGGAUUUCACGCUUGCUGAUCUGGUUUCCUGUGAGGUUUACCUCAAGGGCAAAUGCCGGGCGCUGUACAUUCACAAGUUGAGAGAUUGCCGCGUCUUCAUUGGCCCUGUUUUCGGCUCAGUCCUCAUAGAGGAUGUUGAGCGCUGUACAUUUGUGAUGGCGGCGCAUCAGAUCAGGAUUCACGAAGCGAGGGCAACAGAUUUCUACCUGCGGGUGAGGAGCAGGCCGAUCAUCGAGGACUGCAGCGGUGUGAGAUUUGCACCACAUGCUUUGAAGUAUGAAGGGAUUGAAGAUGAUCUGAGGGAUUCUGGGCUUGCUGAGGACACUGGUAACUGGGCCAAUGUGGAUGACUUCAAAUGGCUCAGGGCAGUGCAGUCACCAAACUGGUGCUUGGUUCCCGAGGAAGAGCGUCUGCCGAUUGUCGACAUUUCAGAAGUUCAGGAAAAGGAGGAUUGUAAGUGAGCUGCUCGGGAGGUUUCGCUUUUGGCCCCAGUUUUGGAUUAAUGUUCUGGACUGUUGAAUCUUGAUGCUUUUGGGGAUUACAUCUUCCGUUUAUUCAUGUUUAUGAUCUCAUUGUAUCUAGAGCUCGCCAAACUAGGGGUAAAUUGGAAGCGCGGGAUGCUUUAGUGCGUAUUCAGAAGGGUGUUGAUUAUUUCAUAGUUAUGCAUUCUUAGUAAGAUCAUGCAGUUUUCUGAGCAAGAAUCAUGCUUGGUGUAUGAGUUUUGGUUGAUGGGCAUCUGAAAGCAGACAUGUUUAUUCAGGUGUACAAAUAUAUUGGUUUAUCAAAUUCUGUGACCUUCA